AAGGAGAAAAAUAGAAACAAGAAAUCUUAUUAUACAUGUAACAAUCAGACACACACAACACAACAGCCACAACCUCGUAGCCAAAUUUUCUCACACACAGACCCAAAAACCAAAAACCAAAAACCAAAAACAUGUUUCUCAAAGCACCAGAACACGGCGGCUCGUGCACGCCGAGGGUAUCUUCACAUGGCAGCUUGUUCAUAUCCGUAUCAGCUUUCAUGGCUCUAUGUGCCAAGAAAGCCGGUCGAGUCUCACGCAAGCUCAAACCCAAGUCUGGCAGUUUCAACCGGAAAAUCGAGCAGCUGGGGGUGUUGGGAUCGUCGACUCCUUUAGUUUCUCGACCGAAGGAGCUCAUAACUACGCUAAGCAACAAGGCGAUCACGUUCAUGAAUCGGAAAAAGGUCGGAGAAGAAGAGAUGGGCGGUGGUGGUGGUGGUGGUGGUGGGCCUAACAAGGAUAGGCACCGUGAGGUGGAGGAGGACGAUUGGGGUGACGGCGGAGUCUGGCAGCGGUCGAUCUUGAUGGGAGACAAGUGUCAGCCGUUGGAUUUCUCCGGCGUUAUUUAUUACGAUAAUAACGGGAGGCAACUCGACGAAGUUCCUCUCAGGUCCCCACGUGCGAGUCCACUGCCCGGCUAUCUCACUGGGGCUGGAAAAUCCGAGCUUUGAUCACGAAAAUACAAUAUUUUCACAACUGUUUCAUGACUUACGAAUUGACAGGUACGACUGAGUUAAGAACUUGCUACUACUUUCGAAAAGUUGCGAAAAUUUGUGUGGUUGAUGAUUUUGGAGUCUAUGUCACCUGCUGCGUCAACGUGAGGAAAUAGCAUGUACCGAUUGCAAUUACCAAACGUCAACUUUUGUUACUUAUUUGUAUAGUUUUAAUCAUCCCAUCUUUCUAUGGUUUCACACCUGUCUGUCGUGUUGUGGUUUUUAUUAGUGGUUGGGGAAUAUUAAUCGGACCCAGAUGAUGAGUCAA